CCCAAGCGGAGGGAUUGAAGAGCGACGAGAAGAAGGAGGAGGAGGAGGAGAGGAGGAGGUGGCGGAGGAGGCGGUGACGGUGACAACGACGAGCGUUAAACGAGGGCCGGCGCGCACCAGGAGCGCGCGGAGCGCCUCAGCGCCCCCCCCCCCCCCCCCCGGGCUCCCUCAGUGGCCUUGGCCCGCGGCCCCACUAGGAGGGCUGCUGUAAUAUAGAUCAUGAGCAGGUAAUGCACAAGGAGCGCUACUGGGAAUCAUGUCGGACGAGUCAGUCUCAGGGAGUGAUCCAGAUGUGGACCCAGAUUUGGAGCAGGAGGAUAUGGAAGAGGAAGAGGAGGAAGAAGAUGAUGAGGAAGCAAUGGAGGAGGACAAUGAUGGAGAUGAUGAAGAGGAUUUACUUGAUGAGAAUGAUCAAUCCCGUGAAGCAGCUUUUGAAAGUGAUCUUGUUCAACAUGGGGAAGAUGGAGAAUGGCAGCACUCUACUUCAACUACCUCAUCUCAGAGUGAACAGGCAGAGAAACUGUUGCAGAACCAGCACCAGAGCCUGGCCUCUGAGGACACCAAAAAGAAGAGGGCUCAGAAACCUUCUCACAUGAGGAGGAACAUAAGAAAGCUGCUGCGGGAAGACCAAUUGGAGGCUGUGACAAAAGCAGCCCAGCAGGAGGAACUGGAAAGAAGAAAACGGCUGGAGCAGCAAAGGAAGGAUUACCAAGCCAGCAUCCCCACUGUACCUUUAGAGUUUCUCCCAGAGGAAAUUGCUUUAAGAACUGCAGAAGUUGCUCAGCUUGCCCCCCAAGUGUUAAAUGAAGAGGUCAUCUGCUUAGACAGCACCAGCAGUGGCAGUGAGGAUGACUCCAAAGGAAGAAUCCACAGCAUUAAAGAUGAAGUGAUAGAAUUAAGUUCAGGAGAAGAUGAAUCCCUCCAUAUUGUAGACAGCAGUGAUUCUAGCAAUGAAGGGGAUGAUGAUAAUGAAGAGAGCAGUGGUGCCCACGUGAAUGAUGCUCUGAAUCAGUUAGAUGCUUCAGGGCAAGUAAUUAUUAACAUCAACCAUCCACCAAACGAGGAAGACAUAUAUCUGGCUCCUCAACUUGCAAGAGCAGUAAAGCCUCACCAGAUUGGUGGUAUUCGUUUCCUGUAUGAUAAUUUGGUGGAAUCCCUGGAUAGAUUUAAAACCAGCAGUGGGUUUGGCUGCAUCUUAGCUCAUAGCAUGGGGCUGGGCAAGACUUUGCAAGUCAUCUCUUUUUUGGAAGUACUUUUCCGUCAUAUUGAAGCGAAGACCGUCCUGGCAAUUGUACCUGUAAAUACUCUUCAGAACUGGUUAGCAGAGUUCAACAUGUGGCUUCCAGCACCAGAAGCUCUUCCUGCUGACUAUGACCCAAAAGAGAUUCAGCCUCGCACUUUUAAAGUCCACAUUUUGAAUGAUGAACACAAGACCACUGCAGCACGUGCUAAAGUGGUAACUGACUGGGUGACAGAUGGUGGUGUACUGUUGAUGGGGUAUGAGAUGUACCGCCUACUUUCAUUGAAAAAAUCCUUUGCUACGGGUAGAAAGAAGAAAAGCAAAAAGCAAACUGGCCCUGUCAUUAUUGAUGUGGAUGAAGAAGAUCGUCAGCAGGAGCUCUUGAAAGGAAUUGAGAAAGCUUUAUCCCGACCUGGACCGGAUGUGGUCAUUUGUGAUGAGGGACACCGGAUAAAGAAUUGUCAUGCAAGCACCUCUCAGGCUUUGAAAAACAUCCGAUCUCGGCGAAGGGUAGUUCUGACUGGAUAUCCUCUGCAGAACAACCUAAUUGAAUAUUGGUGUAUGGUAGACUUUGUACGCCCCGACUUUCUUGGUACCCGGCAGGAAUUCAGUAAUAUGUUUGAGCGCCCUAUCCUGAAUGGACAGUGUAUUGACAGCACCCCCCAAGAUGUUCGUCUAAUGAGGUAUCGCAGUCAUGUCCUGCACAGUCUGUUGGAAGGCUUUGUACAAAGACGAGGGCACAAUGUGCUGAAAGUUCAGCUUCCCUAUAAGGAAGAACACGUCAUCUUAGUGCGCUUGUCAAAAAUCCAGCGGGCUCUCUAUACUGAGUUCAUGAAUAGGUUUCGUGAUGCAGGCCACAGCGGCUGGCUGGGAUUGAACCCACUUAAAGCUUUCUGUGUUUGUUGUAAGAUAUGGAAUCACCCUGAUGUGCUAUAUGAAGCAUUGCAAAAAGAAAAUUUGGCAAAUGAGCAAGAUCUGGAUGUAGAUGACCUUGGCACAGCUGGUACCAAUUCACGCUGCCAGUCACAGGGCAUAAAAGUGAAAACAGACAGCAAUGCUCUGCCAUCUACAAUUGGGGAGGCUACCAAUAGCAAGUAUAUUCAGGGCAUUGGCUUCAGUCCAUUUCAGGAAAGAGCCAAUCAGGUUGUAACGUAUGAAUGGGCUAAAGAUAUUCUUUGUGAUUAUCAGACAGGAGUCUUACAAAAUUCACCUAAGAUGGUACUGUUGUUUCAUCUAGUAGAUGAAAGUGUGGCACUUGGAGAUAAACUGCUGGUGUUCAGCCAAAGCCUUUCCACAUUAUCUGUCAUUGAAGAUUUCUUGGCAAAAAGGCCAGUGCCUUCUCCCCCAGGCUUGGAUGCACAAGGAGUCCAUAACUGGAUCCGAAAUGUGAAUUAUUAUAGGCUGGAUGGAAGUACCUCUGCCUCAGAGAGAGAACGGUUGAUUAACCAAUUCAAUGAUCCUAGCAACACUUCUGUUUGUCUCUUCCUUCUUUCAACAAGAGCUGGGUGUUUAGGUGUGAACCUUAUUGGUGCAAACAGAGUGAUAGUAUUUGAUGCUUCUUGGAAUCCAUGCCAUGAUGCACAGGCAGUAUGUCGGGUAUAUCGCUAUGGACAGAAGAAGCCUUGCCACAUCUACCGGCUAGUUUCUGAUUACACUUUGGAAAAGAAAAUUUAUGACCGUCAGAUCUCCAAGCAAGGGAUGUCAGAUCGUGUUGUCGAUGAUUUGAAUCCAGUGUUGAACUUUACCAGGAGGGAGGUGGAAAACUUGCUGCACUUUGUGGAAGAGGAAUCUGAGCCUCCCCAGCUUCCAUUUAACCCCAAUAAGAUCAAGGAAUCUGUUUUACAGCUGGCCUGUCUCAAGUACCCUCAUCUCAUCACCAAGGAGCCUUUCCAGCACGAGUCCCUGCUAAUCGAUCGUAAAGAGCACAAGCUCACAAAGGCAGAGAAAAAAGCUGCAAAAAAGAGCUAUGAAGAAGAAAAGCGUGCAUCUGUCCCUUACACCCGUCCUUCCUAUGCUCAGUAUUACCCAGCCACUGACCAGAAUCUGACAAAUAUUCCUGCCUUCAAUCAAAGGAACUGGCGGCCAAGCCUGAAAGGUGAGGACCGGCCAGUGGCAAGUGUGCGUCCUGUUCAGUCCACCCCUAUUCCGAUGAUGCCUCGUCAUGUCCCCUUAGGCAGCAUGGGAGCAGCUUCGGUUUCCAAUCCUGCUAUGAACUUCCCCAUCAAUUACCUGCAACGAGCUGGUGUUCUCGUGCAGAAGAUCGUCACCACAACAGAUAUAGUGAUUCCAGGUACGAACACGUCCACAGAUGUGCAGGCAAGAAUCAGCGCUGGUGAAAGCAUACAUAUUAUACGUGGGACUAAAGGAACAUACAUCCGGACCAGUGAUGGGCGGAUCUUUGCUAUCCGAACUACUGGCAAGCCAAAGGGCAGUGAAGACCAUCGCAUGGUUGCUUCAGGAUCCCAGGGUCCAUCUGUUGAAUCCACAAGCAAUGGCAGACACAAUGCCUCAUCCCCCCAACUUCCCAACCCAGAGGAGCUCACUCGGCCUAUUUCACCAGAUAGUCCUGAAAUCAUCAGCGAACUGCAGCAGUAUGCAGAGGCGGCAGCUGCCCGUGAGUCCAAACACAAUUCUCCCACCACCAAUGCUACACCUGGAUACUCUGCUCGGAAAGACAAUGCAGCCCACGCGACAGCUCGUGGAACUGAGCAGCGAGUAGGGACACACGGUUUGGCUUCUUCCUCAGCCUUGCCAGCCACUAGUCAACCUGUUGACAGCCACGCAGUGCUGGACUUACGAGGGAACAAGCGUAAGUCAAGUUCACCGUCCGGUCCAGAUGAGCAAGCCCAUCGGCAGCAGAAGAAACGCUCACUGCCAACAACCGGUCAACCAUACGAAAGUGGGUACCCUGUCUCUGGUGGGUUCACCAUGCCCUCUGUCCCUUUAAACCACAACUUAACCCAUCCAUUUGCUCCCCAAGCAGGCAACUCAUUGUACAUGGGCACAGGCUCCUCCUAUUACCAGCUGCCUAGCUUGCUCUCAGAUCCUCAUCUGAUGUUUCCUGUGACUACUGACCCUCUGCUGACAGCGGGCACUGCUAGUUCUUCUGCUGCUACCUCAGCCACCGCCAGUGUCCCCUCUUUCAUGUUAAACCCCUCCAUGACGGGGGUGCUCUCCAACUAUUCGCUGCCCUUCUCACAGUCACUCCUCUCCGAGCCCAGGAUGUUUGCUCCUUUUCCAUCCCCAGUCUUAUCCAGCAGCCUUCCCAGGAGCAUGGCAUCUGCCUACCCUGGCUUCAUGUCACCUCACGCGGGAUAUCCAGCGGGGGGCCUCCUUCGGUCUCAGGUGCCCCCAUUUGACACCCGCGAGGUCUCUGAGGUGGGAUGCAGCUCCAACGAGGAUGAGGACAAAGAUGAUGAUGUAAUGGAAAUCACAGGGAAGUAAUGGGCCUAGUCACUUCUUAUAGAUUGCAUCUUUGGUCGGGAGGCAAAAAUUCCUUGCCGGACCUUUCUGGGGGUCAGGAUUUUCUAUCUAGAACACAGCAGAAGUGGAGGAGGAGGAGGAGGAGGCUGGAAAAGAAAUGGCAUGCUUAGUUGUCCAAGAUCUGCUUUGUGUGGGAACUGAAUUGAACGGACGCCCCUCCCGCAAGGAGUGGGGGGAAACAAGAGUUGGGCAAGGGAAGUAUCACUGCAAACCACAGGAGUGCCUCCUUGACUUUUCCCUCCCAGGCUGUCUGUGUUGUCCAAAAGGAAGACUUGCCAUUAAUAUUUCAGUGCCCUUUGUUAGACUGGAGACAUCGGGCGGAUUUUUUUUUCUUUUUCUUCUUUUUUUGGUGUCUAUGGAAUAAUACUCAUACACAAAAACGGCCUUAUCUGAGAAAGUUCAUUGUCCCAUGAUCAAAAGCCGGAGAUUUGGUGCCCUGAGAAACCUGAGCAUGACUUGCGUUCUUGACGGAGGGAGGGAGGUGGGCAAGGAAGAAGCAGGAAACCUGUCACGUCUAGGUGGGACUGGGAGGGAAGGGGGUGGGCAGGGUCUGUGUGAAAAUGAAUCCUUCAUCUUUCCGAGCGUUCAAGGCACAUCAGCCCAGGGCCCUUCAUCCAGGCCCUCGUGGAGCGGUGACAGGAGUUGGAGAGAGAUGGGGUGCAGAUAUGGACUGCCCUACCACCACCUCUUGCGUUUGAAGGCGGGGAGGGCCAUUGGUGGGUCAGUUUCUUCUGGUUUCUUCAGCACCGUUGGGUUAGGACUUGUGUCAAUCGUUUCGUGAGGUAGUGCUUGAUGGAGACAUUUUAAGGCUUUUCUCAGUUCCCCAUCUAGCUGGUUUUUUUUUUUUUUUUAAAGUGAUUCGUCUCCUGCUGCUCCUCCCUCCCCCCUUUGAAGCGAUGAUGAGCCUGCAGGUCUGGCAAAAGAAACAAGCUGUCAGAUUUCUGUUGACCGGAAUGAAGUAGACCUCCUGCUAAAGGGGUUUGCUUGAACUCCUUGUACCUGCUGCCAGAGUUUUUACUGACACUGACUGGAUGAUCUCCCUCCUCUAUAGAACCGUUGUUUUAAUUUAUUUCAUGAAAGUGAAGUAUUUAUUGGGGAGCUAUUUCCCGCUUCUUCUUUGCUAAAAGCAGCUAGGUUGUUUAUAGUCUGGCCUGUUUGAGGAAGGAAAUAAAGCAACAAGUAGAUUGCUUGACAAAUGCAGGGGUAUGUUAUAGGGCCAUGGCAGAAUUACCCCCCCACCCCUGUGCUACAUUGGGGAGACUGGGGGCCAGGGGCAUUAUUUGGCUAGAGCUUUGUUUAUUCUCUAGCUUUUCCCCUUACAGUGGCCAACAGGAAGGUUGGUGUUUGAAGUGACUCUCAUCAGUCAGAGACACGGACAUUUUUUAAACUAGGUUCCCGCCAUUCCAGUGGUUUAAUAGUAAAAAAAAAAAAGCUAAAGCUUUGCAGAGGAAAGUCCCCUCUAUAUUGUUGCUAGUAUCUGGCCCAAGUUUUUAUAAUACGUUGCCACAGAAGUGUGGAAGGAGAAGCCAUUUAUUUUCAUAGAAGGCUUAACAAUAGAAGGAAGUUGCAGAGAUUUGGCAUAGAAGUCAACAUUUGCCUUCCUCUCUAUUGUGCAGGAAAGGGAGACGGUGGUACCUCUGGGGCGGGGUGGUGGUGAUGGACUAAUCCCCACCCCCUUUUGUCCUUAAAAGAUUACACCGGGUAAAUCGGUGUUAUAUAAGACAUUGUCAUUCCAAAGACAAGGGAUGAGGCACUUGCACACCCCAUGACAAGGAGUCUGUGAGAGCAUCGCUAAGAAAACCUUCCCAGGAGAGUGGUUCAGAUCCUGUUCUCACCUUACCUUGGUGAUGUGGUUGCUGCAAAGAAGAACAGUGGAUCCACUGAAGUGGCUAAAAUUGCCAGACUCCCCACCCCACCCCCACCCCGCCCCCAUCACGAAGAACUUUCUCUCUUUCGUGCAUUAUACCUCUCCGUGAAAAGUAGUUUGAACUCCACGUGAUUUGAAUGGAGGUAAUGUGAAACUCGAGCCUUUGCUCUCACCUUGUAAAAGACCUACUAGGCCUCUUCGUUAAAGAGGUCGUGGCUACUUGUUUUUCAUAUUGUGAAUCAGAAAUGAUUCUGAGAGAAAGCGCUGCGUGAGUACGACUGUGUGUAUGUGUAUACUUUUAUGUACCAUUAAAAAGCAUGUAAAGUUGGGUUUUCUGACUACUUUUCUCUGCUAACUGGGCACUGUCUGUCAGGCCUGACUUCACCAUUUGUAGAAGCCUUAGAUUUAAAGUUAGCUAUGCAAAUUACUUUAAUUAUUUUAAAAUAAAAACAUUAAAAUAGUGCUUUCUUCUUUAACAUAUCCUAGGAGUUGAAAACCGAGGGGUUCUGAGCAAACUUCUGGACAACUUGUCUUUGGAUGCACCAUGGGAUUAAAAAAACAAACAAACACAAACACAACCCCCCCACAAAAAUAACAAAGCAAAUUAACUGAUGGUGUCCAUUCGAGUUUCUCCAAAGACUUGGCCUUGGUACGUCUGUGAGUCAUGCCCUUUCUGUGAUUUGUAUGUGUCCACCUCAUGCAAAAUAAAGUCGGCACUGAUUGUACUGUAAACUGCAACCCUCUAGGUUGACUUGGGAGCUGGCUAUAGGCAAGGGGGCUUAGGCCUAAGCAGCUAAGCAGUUUUUGGUGAAGGAUUUUUUUUUUCCUCCUUCAGGUUCCAGGCAGACCCAAUAUUCAGUAUAGUGAGUUUUGGGCAGCAGAGCUGAUAACAACUUGAGUAAUCCUACUAGCUCCUGUCUUGACCUUCAUGGAGAAACGGGGCAGUCAAGACAAGCUGAUACCUUUUAUAUACUAUUAACGUCAGACUGCUGUCUCUAGAUUCUCUUGUCUCUUCUGAACAUUAUAUCCAAGCACAGAAGAGUCACCAGACUUGACAGGCUUUGAGGACAUCCUUACUGUAAAAUAUGGGAUGUUUGAUUAGGAGAAUAGAUACAGCUGUGAUUAAGUAGACCAGGCUCUGUAGUCAUCUUUUAAAUAGGAAUGGAAGAUAAAGUAUUAGCUGUAGGAAAUGGUGUACACCUGUAAUUUACUAGUCUGACCACUGGAUGGCAAUGUCGCAUCUCUUGGAUUAUUAUUAGAUUUUAACAAUACAAUAUUUUUAAAAAUUGGCUUUUGUACUUGGGUGAGAAAAGUAUAAAAAUGUAAGUCUGACUGUGCACAUCUUUCUUCUCUCUCUCUCUUUCCAUCCCUCCCUCCCUCUCUUUUUGUUUGUUUCUUUCUUUCUUGUCCUUUCUCUUUCCCCUAAAAUGUUUGUGUUAGUGGAUUGCUUGAACAUAAUUCUACCACUGACAGGGUCCAUUGGGGUCUCCCUCCACCCCUCACCCCCCCAACAUACACACAUCUUCAGUGAGACCAGCCACUUUCCGUGAGUUUUGGAAAGAAACACAUUUGGGGCAGAUUCCUCUACUUCAGCAAGUGCCUGACCUGUGUCUCCUUCCUAAUAAUAGGGGUUUAAAUGUAAUUGGUCUCCUAGAGAUUAAAAUGCAUUCCCAGCACUUGCAAAGAGAGAAGAGUGUUGCCACGGGCAAUGAAGACCGCUUCAUUCGUCUGCUUUGCACCUUUCUUGCUUCUAGAGAGCUUCAAAAACACCCUCUUUCUCACAUAUGAAUUCUCCCACGCAUUCACCAUCCUUAGGAAGGUGUGGCUUCUAGAAACAAAGGGUGGCUGUUGUGCCUUGUUUGUGAAGAACAGAGAAUGCUUGACUUGGGAGCUGAGUCAGAACAGCACAGUACAAUGUCGGAAUGGUCUCUUCCUUGAUGCACUGUAUUUUCCAAGAAUGUAGUGGCUGCUCAGAAGCAGCCUAUGUGUUUGUGUUGUGAGAUCUCUUGAAUUCAACUAUUCCUUUUAUCUCAAGGAUAAUUUUUCCUCCCCUUGCUGGCUUUUUGUUAGAUCUACUUGCCAGGAUCUGUGCAAUUUGCACUGCUAAAUUUCAGACCACGAAAGAAACGAGGAGGAAAACAUGUAUUCUGAAUUUACAGGUGGAGCUGAGGUACAGUUAGAUGUGCUUGGCUAAGGUCUUGGGAUACUUAGGAAGGUUCUUGCAUUCCUCGGAUGUUUCGGAUCUGCAUGUAAUCUUUGGAUCUUCCUUGAUAAACCACACAUUGCAAUAUUUCUCUGCGCUUUAGAGCAACAGUACCGUACCAGGUUGGUGUGGUACAAAAUAACACUUGAUCCCCUUAAUAAAUGCUUAGGGUAAAGAGGUGACCUUAAACUGUGAUAUUUUGCAGACCUUCAGUUUCACUCCAAUUCUGGCAGUAUACAAUUUAAAACUAACAAAAGAUCAUCUUGUUUAGACAUAGAUUUCCUAUGAUGAAUUAUUUUUUGGUGAGGAUAACACUGGAUGGCUUCUCCCCAACCAUGUUAAGCAUUGCCCACAUGUCUGCAUGCUAAUAACUGCUCUCUCUCUCUCUCUCCGUGUGACCAAGAUACGGAAAUUAGGAGGAGCGCUAACCAGAGAGGACAGGUUUGAUAUUAAAGUGCUCCUAUGGUACUGCAUUCUGUGGGACACAGUUGUAGGGACAUAUAGGGGACAGUUUUAAGGAGAAAAAAAACUGAUUACAACCUCUGUCAAGGAAUCCCAGGAAUAUGCAAGCUUCCUCUCAUAAAAUAAUGAUCCUAUUGAUUGUUCUAUCCGAAUUAUGUAACUGAUGGCAGCAGUGCAAAUGCUUCUUGCAAGAUCUCAAGUCGAAUGAAAAUUUACUAGAAUUACAUAUAUUUGCACUGAAAUCCUGAUUUUGGCAUUGUAAAUAUAAUUAUUAAACUGGAGAAAUGGUUGAUCUUAGCUCCAUUAAACCAAGGGAAAUAUACACCAGUAGAUUAAAACAAAAUCGUGUCUUAUUUAGUACCAGAACCAUAUUAUAUCAAGUCUAGGGAUUUAGAAGGACAUUUUGGGGAAUGCUUGCUCCUUGUAACUCAGUCAGGAAAGCAGUAGGGGAGAUAUUUGCAAAUUUAGGGAAGACCAACAGAAAUAGAAACAGAGCUGGCAGAGAGGGAGAAGGAGUCCUUUUGUGUGUGUGCUCUUUAUUGAAACAAGACCACUAACAGCUGGCCCACAGCUGCAUUGCUUCUUGGGUCCUAUAUUAUUAGUUUCCCUGUUUUAUGUUCUCUGUCCCUCCAUUAAAUCUGUUUGUACAGGGGAGCCAAAUGAAUUGAAUGGUUUUCUUGGUUUGUUUUUUGUUCUGCCUUUAGUUUGUGGCCUGUGCUUUGUGGUUGAAAUAAAAAGACAUUUCUGUAGCAGGGUCAGUUGGUUGGCUGGUUGCACGCAUGGGGUAUGUGCUUCCCUCCUCUCUCUGUCCAAUGGGAUGUGCUCACCCAAUCUCCCAGAGCAGAGACAUUGAUCAAUUUUGUUGUUUAUAUGAUGUAUUUAUUUUUACUUGUGUUUCAUGUCAUUUUUUAAAAAAAAUAAAUAAAUUGUAAGUUGGUA